AUGAAGAGAGGAGGAAUAGGAAACAAGAAAAGCGCAAGGCGCGUCGGCGUGGGAGCAGCUCCGCGAGAAUCGCCCAACGCGCUGCAACGCCUGCCUUCAGAGACAAAUGCAAAAAGCAAGGCUGACAAACUGGGUGGGAUGAAUGAGAGGCUCCCCGACAAUAUUCCGAUGAAGGGACUGAUCUCCAGACGUUUGGAUGCUUCUCAGCCAGGCGCUAGUCUCGAUAGGGUGAUCCGCACGUGA